AUGGUUCGGAGUUCCAUGUUUUUUGUUGUCCCUUUAUUAACCAAAAGCUUAGCUUGUCGGAAUGCAAAUAUCAAAUGUUGCAAAGUUUUAAGAAAAACCAGAAUUCAGAUGAAUGGAACAAACAUUUUUUCCAACCAGCAGAGAGAAAAUACAAUAAUACGUAAACAGUACUUAAGUGUGGAUUCAAGCAGUUCACCAGGGCACCUGUCUCAAAAUAUGUAUGAAACAAUAUCACAUGAAACAUUAGAAUCCUUGACUGAGUUCUGUGAAAGUCUUGAAGAUCUUGAGAAGUGCCCCAAAGAAUUUGAUGCUACCUACUCUAAUGGAGUAUUAACCCUGAGUUUUGGAGCCCAUGGUACUUAUGUCAUCAACAAACAAUCUCCUAAUCGUCAAAUUUGGCUUUCAUCACCAUUCAGUGGUCCCAAGCGUUAUGACUUUGAAAAUGGAAGAUGGGUUUACAAACAUGAUGGUAUCAGUUUACACUCUCUUCUGCAAAAAGAACUUUCAAACAUUUUUGAUGAAGAAAUCUCCAUGGAACACUGUGCUUACAGUUGA